AUGCGAAUCGUGGGGCGUUUACGGCAUAGCGAGAGGCCAAGUGAACGAAGACGCCGUGAAUCGAACCAACGCCGCGCUGGGCUUCCUCGCGCAUCUCGUGCAGCUGCUGGGGAAGUACUUCAUGAUCCCGCUGCCGUACACGAUCGAUUAUCGAGCCUCGUCUUCGGUGAUUUUCGAUGUGCACGAAGAACCGCCCAUGCAAUAUCCGCUCUUUUUGGGCACGCAGGGAGCCAAGCCGGCGUCCAUUGGGACGGCCGUGACCAUGCUGAGGGAGAACGUGAUGAGCAUCUUACGACGAGAGAACAUUCCGCUGGAAAUGGAAGAGCCCAUUCUUUGUGGUCUGGACAAACUAUUCAAGAAGUAUCUUGUGUAUUGAUCUUUGAAUUUGAAUUUGAAUUUGAAUUUGGAUUUGAUUGUUGA